AAACAAACGGGGGGUAUAAAACUCCGACACAUAACGAAUCAGUCCACAUACUGCGCGGAUCAUCCUUUACCAACACAGCCGAUCACCAGCAUCAUGUUUGGAAUUGUAGCAUUCUUCGCCGCCUUACUUGGAGCCUGCCAGGGCGCCACCUUUGACAUUGCGCCUUAUAAUACAUCUGUGGAGAUCGGAGGAACCGCCACAAUGGCUUGUAUCGUCAGCAACCUCGGAUCUGACAGUGUCACGUGGAAAAUGGUGUCUGGUUCCUCCACAACAACCAUCUCACUGAAUACUCAGAUUUUAGCCAGUGCUACCAAGUAUUCCGUUGUGGGUACAUACAACUUAACAAUAUCCAAUGUGGCGACGUCCGAUAUCGCACUGUACCAGUGUACUGUUGGCGCCACCACACAGGAGGCCUACCUUCUGUCUGUCGUUCUACCAACAAACGUUUCCGUCUAUUGGGAAAGUUCGCCAUCCGCUGGUUCCACUGUUAACCUUACCUGUAAAGCCACAUACGGAAACCCACCCCCCUUCCUUCGUUGGUACAAAAAUGAUGUGGACUUCACCCAAGACGCUUAUUACUACACUGAAAACACACUCUCAAGUGGGUAUGGUGAUGCUAAGAGUUCUGUAGCUAUCAGCCUGUUGUCGACUGACCAGGACAAACUGUUCCGCUGUGAGGUUCACUAUGAAGGCUGGUACCGGGCCAUGGAGUACACUCUACAGACGCAGCUCAGUGGAAGCAGUGCCCUGAAGAGUCAAGGCAUCCUAGCAGUGAUACUGAUAGCAGCCAGCACUCUCUUAAGGAACUUGUAAAUCCUACUUGAUGAAAGACAUUCUCACUGAUUGCUUCCACGAGACAGUACUCUGGCCACAAUUGACGAACAAUGACCUGUUCUGAUGUGACUACCAUGGUGCUGCACUCCUGAUUUCCACACAUGUCCAUCAUAAUAGAUCCUAUUGACUGUGUCUCCUGUUAUAAUGUAGUCCUGAUGUAUCUAGUGUAGUGUAGGCAGAGAACAUUGUUAAAUUGAUAUGUUACAGUUAUUAUCUCUCGGGUUUUACCAAACUGAGAUUAUGAGUGAGGUCUAGUCUUUUUUGUGGAGUGUUAAUUACACCUAUCUGGAACAGCAUAGGCAUAUGGUUUGUUAUGUGGCUGUUUCCUUUUAUUUAUUGUUAGCAUUAUGUUAGAGUUUACACUUCAGCCAUAACAGAUAUGACUAGACAAUGAGGAAGAAUUUUCAGGAUUUCCGAUGGACAUUGUGUGGAAGAGUGCGACUCAUUAUGAUUUAUCCUCAGCAUUUUCGAUUUUCGAUCUCCGUCAUCGCUAUACAAGGUGACUUUGAGGUUCUCUGUAUUAUAAUACCUGUAGCAAUCCUCAAAGGGAGAUAACCCUGCCUGGGGCGACAUCAAGUGACCUUUCAACCCAUGGACCCAUGACUGGAAGUCAAACAGUGAGAAUAACAAUGAACUGUGAUAGAAAUUUUAAAUGUGCAUGAAAAAGAAAUCAUAUGUAAAAUAUCAAAUAUCUAAGGUAAUAGAGCAUCAUAAAUUAUUUUUAAAUGUUUUUUGGGAAAUAAAGUAUUCAUUUUUUAAAUA